UUUAUAGGUUCUUGGUGUUGUGACGAAGAAUACAAUUUAGUAAGACACCUGAUGGAAAAAUAUGACGCCUCAGUGCGGCCCGUGGAGAACUCUUCUCAUCCACUUCUCGUGACCUUCGGCGUUUCGCUGCAUCAUAUCAUUGAUGUUGAGGAAAAGGACCAACUACUGACGACAAAUUGUUGGAUUACACAAAUUUGGACCGACCAUCAUCUCAGAUGGAACAUCAGUGAUUUCGAUGGUAUAAGUGUUAUUCGAAUACCUUACGAAAGAGUUUGGAAACCAGACAUUAUAUUAUAUAAUAAUGCAGAUCCGAAUUAUCGUUCAGCGGUUAUUAACACUAACGUGAUAGUGAAGAACACUGGUGAGGUCACAUGGCUCAGUCACGGAAUUUACGUCUCCGUAUGUGACAUCAACGUUGAACAAUUUCCAUUUGACGUGCAACAUUGUACUAUGAAGUGGGCUUCUUGGACAUACGACGGUUUUCAGUUGGACCUAAAGAAACAAUUCGAUGAAGGCGACACCACUAAUUACCAAACUAAUGGCGAGUUCGAUCUCGUGAGCUUCGAAGCAAUUAGACACAACCAGUAUUACUCAUGUUGUGUGGAGCCCUACCCUGAUAUCACUUACAUUAUCAAGCUGAGGAGACGACCCAUGUUUUACGUGUUCAACUUAAUUCUACCAUGCCUUCUCAUCAAUGGGAUUGCUCUGCUGGUAUUCUACGUACCAUCCGAAUCUGGGGAGAAAGUGACUUUGGGGAUAAGUGCUUUGCUGUCAAUGACAGUAUUUUUAAUGACAAUCCGAGAUACACUUCCUCCAACAGAGAAGACACCUCUUAUCAGUCUGUAUUAUGGCGUCAGUACGUGUUUGGUUUCGUUCUCAGCAUCUCUGUCGGUUGUGACUCUGAAUAUAUCUUACAGAGGAGUGAGAGGGCAGCCGGUGCCAGCGCUCGUCCGCGAGCUCGUGCUACAGCGCCUGGCUCGUAUGCUCUUCAUCUCCUUCGACACAGACGCGCAGAAGGGCGAGAGUACCGCGGCUACAGUGUCGGUAACUACUGGCGUGCAAGUAAACCCGCGCACAGGUUCCCGCUUAAAGGCAGAGGUUCAGCGUGAUGGUCCAGCGUCUCCUUCAUCGCCACGUUUCGCGCGUCAAAAUCACAAUCACCUCAUAGGCGUGGGCGUGGGCGUGGGCAUGGGCACGGGUGAAGCUGUAGUGUCCAUGUGCACAGGCGCGUGUCCGCGCUGCGCGUGCUGCGGGUGCACGCUGCGCGACGCCGCCGCGCGCCACGAGCAGCGCGUCGCAGCAAACGAGAGACUUGAACGCGCCAACCUUGAAUGGAAACAAGUGGCAGUAGUAGCAGACAGGGCGUUACUUGCGGUAUUCGUGCUGGUGACCACGAUAGCGACGGGGGCUAUCCUUCUUCCCCAGCUCAACAACCUUCACGUCGGCAAUACGCCUCUGAAACCUCCCACUUAGAUUUAUUAAUUCUGACAGUGGUUGUACAAAUAAAAUUUCAACGAAAUAUUUAUUUUCUCUAUAGCUGCUAACUAGAUUAUUGAAAUAAAACUGCAUUUGCUUUAUACGCAACAAUUAACAUAUUUAAGCAUUUUUAACAAGUUCAGAAAAAAUAAAGUUGCCAAAUCGUCACUGUUUUGUUGUGUAUGCAUAUUAAGUGAGGUUGUUAAAUGUCAAUAAAUUUUAAAAAUGUAAUGUUUCGUGCCACAA